AGAGCUUGGCGCGAUCAAUCUAGGGCAAGAAGAAGACAAAAUUCCCAAGGCUUUUUCCCAGGACCCCAUCGUAUCGUCCAAGCUCCAAAAAACUCCAGAACAAUAACAACAUCGGCCCUCGUCGUCCCGUGCCGCUCCGCUUCUCCUUCCGCUCCAUCAUCCCAUAACGAUGAUGAUGAACAUCCCGAACAGUCGAUCCAUUCACUCCUGACCCAUCUCUCUCUCUCUCUCUCUUCUCUCUCUCUGUGUCAGGUUCGUUGCUGAAAAAUGACAGAGCCGUCCAAAGUGAUUCACGUCCGCAACGUCGGGCAUGAAAUUUCAGAGAACGAUCUGCUUCAACUAUUUCAGCCAUUUGGAGUCAUUACGAAGCUUGUAAUGCUCCGUGCAAAGAAUCAGGCUCUUCUCCAAAUGCAGGAUAUACCGUCUGCAAUUAAUGCCUUGCAGUUCUAUGCAAAUGUUCAGCCAAGUAUUAGGGGUAGGAAUGUAUACGUUCAAUUCUCAUCACAUCAAGAGCUUACCACAGUGGAUCAAAAUGCUCAAGCAAGAGGAGAUGAGCCCAAUCGGAUUUUACUGGUCACCAUUCACCACAUGCUGUAUCCUAUAACCGUAGAGGUGCUGCAACAAGUGUUUUCUCCUUAUGGAUUUGUGGAGAAGAUUGUGACAUUUCAAAAAUCAGCCGGUUUUCAAGCUCUUAUUCAAUACCAAUCACGCCAGUGUGCAAUUGCAGCAAGAACUUCUCUUCAGGGACGUAAUAUCUAUGAUGGUUGCUGUCAGCUGGACAUUCAGUUUUCAAACCUUGAUGAACUACAAGUGAACUACAACAAUGAGAGAUCAAGGGAUUUUACAAACCCAAAUUUGCCUUCUGAACAGAAAGGUAGAUCAUCACAGCCUGGGUAUGGGGAUGCUGGAAGCAUUUAUGCACUCCAAGCUGGUGGAGCACGGGCAGUUCCAUUUCCUCAGAUGGCUAAUGCUGCUGCAAUAGCAGCUGCCUUUGGAGGAGGUUUGCCACCUGGAAUUAGUGGAACUAAUGACAGGUGUACCGUUCUUGUCUCUAAUUUAAAUCCUGAUAAAAUAGAUGAGGAUAAGCUUUUCAACUUAUUCUCUCUUUAUGGAAACAUUGUGAGGAUCAAGCUUCUGCGGAAUAAACCAGAUCAUGCACUGGUUGAGAUGGGUGAUGGAUUUCAGGCUGAGUUGGCUGUACACUUUUUGAAGGGAGCUGCACUUUUUGGGAAGCGGCUGGAGGUCAACUUCUCCAAGCAUCCAAGCAUAACUCAAGGUGCCGACACACAUGACUACAUGAACUCAAAUCUUAACCGCUUCAACCGUAAUGCUGCGAAGAACUACCGCUACUGUUGCUCACCAACCAAGAUGAUACAUCUCUCCAGUCUUCCUCAGGAGGUGACAGAGGAGGAGAUAGUGAAACAUCUGGAGGAACAUGGCCCCAUUGUAAACACAAAGGUUUUCGAGAUGAAUGGCAAAAAGCAGGCCCUGGUUCUCUUUGAGAACGAGGAACAGGCCACCGAAGCCCUAGUGUGUAAGCACGCUAGCUCUCUGGCUGGGUCGAUAAUCCGGAUUUCUUUCUCCCAGUUGCAGGAGAUUUAGGUCGCUGUAUGGUCAGACGCAUUGCAUGGUAAAACUUUUUUGCUCAAAUAGUGGGGAGUUCGAACCCUUCUGUUUUUUUAUUUAUGUGGGUGGCCGUCUUCUAAGUCUCAACGUUUGAUAAAGACUUAAUUGCUUCAUAAUCAACGACGCCCUCUACUUUUCUCUAUAUCUUUUUUCUUUUCAUGCUUGUACUGAUUAUUCUGUUAGGGGUCCUUUUCAAGUUUAGUGGGUAGAUGUCCUGCGUUGCAGAUAGGAUCAAUUUUGAAGGAUGGGGAAGGAGAUACAGAGAGCAUGUAGGGUACUUGUUUUCCUUUUUCUUGUAUCAUUGUAGUAAAUCCAGGCUAAGUUUUUAGCCGUUUCUGUUGUAUCCUGUUCAUUUUUCUUCCCUGUUGAAUUGGCACAAAGAGCUAGUUAUGAAGGAUGUUUUAGUCUCUUGA